GCGAGCGGCGCAGUCGCCGCAGCCGCCGAGCCCCGCGGCGCCCGCUCCGUGCUCCGUCCGCCCGCCGGCCGGCAGCCCGCCGCGAUGCCUUAGAGCCACGAGAGCUGCCCCAGAGGACUCACCUCGGAAGCCAGCAGCCCCCGAGUGAUUUGUGUGCGCUGGUGGGCUCCACUGCCACACCUGGGGAGUCAUCCUCCGUGCCGGCCCCACCCCAGCCCCGAGCCAUGGAGGCUGCGGAGGUCCCCGUGGGUUCCCUGAUUGACUUUGGGACUGAGGCACCCACCUCCUGUUCCCUGGAGGCGCCGGCUCCAGCGCAUCAGGACAGGGAUGGGGACGGCUCCCUGGGCGACGGCGCGUCCGAGAGUGAGACCACUGAGUCGGCAGACAGUGAGAACGACAUGGGCGAGUCGCCCUCACACCCGUCCUGGGACCAUGACCGCCGCUCCUCCUCCAACGAGUCCUUCUCCUCCGGCCAGAGCACGGAGUCGGCGCAGGACGAGGAGAGCCUGGCACUCAGGGAGUUCAUGCGCAGCUACGUGGAGAAGAUCUUCUCUGGAGGGGAGGACUUGGACCAGGAGGAGAAGGCCAAGUUUGGAGAGUACUGCAGCGGUGACAGUGGCCAAGGGCGGGAGUGGUUUGCCCGAUACGUGAGCGCCCAGCGCUGCAACUCCAAGUGUGUCUCGGAGCCCACCUUCUACCGCCUCGUGCAGUCUUUCGCUGUGGUGCUGUUCGAGUGCCAUCAGAUGGACGACUUCGGGCCGGCCAAGAACCUCAUGACCAUGUGCUUCACCUACUACCACCUCGGCAAACCUCACCUGCUCCCCCCCCAGGCCAAGGAGAAGCCUGCAGGGAGCAUCGACUCGUACCUGAGGUCGGCCAACAGCUGGCUGGCCGAGAAGAAGGACAUCGCCGCACGGCUGCUCAAGGACACCUCGGCCACCACCGAGAACGCGAGGGGCUUUUUCGGGGGCCUGGAGACCAAGCUGAGGGGACCCCUGGUCAAGAGAAAUGAGGAGGAUGAGGACAAGGCCAAGCAGAAGCUGCCCAAGACGGUGACGGUGUGCAGUCCAGAGGACGAGAGGAAGGGGGAGAAGAUCUACCUGUACACGCACCUCAAGCAGCAGCCCAUCUGGCACACGCUGAGGUUCUGGAACGCAGCCUUCUUCGACGCCGUCCACUGCGAGAGGAGGAAGCGGUCCCCCACCACCAGGGAGAAGUGGUGCCACAUGACCCAGGAGGAGCGUGACGACAGCCUCCGCUUCAACGAGAACAUCACCUUUGGGCAGCUGGGCACCUUCACUCACAACAUGCUGGCCUUCGGGCUGAACAAGAAGCUGUGCAAUGACUUUCUCAAGAAGCAGGCUGUGAUUGGCAACCUGGACGAAGAGCAAUACAAGCUGCUUAGUGACCACAUUGAACAAAUGGCAGCCGAGUAGAGGACGGGGUGCGCCCCGCUUUCCUGGGCCAGCGACUGGCCGUCUCCCUCGAUGACCCUGCAUGACACCAGCAGCGCCCAGAGCCACUCCUCGCUGCCCUGCGGCUCGCAGUUAGAAGAACCCGGCGCCCGUGCUCCUGUCCGCCUGCAUCUGCCCCCGCCCACGUGCCAGAGUGAUCGUAUGGUGAAGUCCGAGGUGGCUGUCUGUACCCCGCGUGCCGGGCUCGUGAGAUGAGACUGAGAGAGGAGGCGGAGGGAGGCCGUGGCGGGGUGGGCACAGGGCAGCGUCUGCCUAGGCCUCCUCUGAGGACCCUGGAUAAGGGCAGGCGUGAGAUGGGGACGUGGGGGGCAGGCCUGGGGGUCUGCAGACAGCAGGGACCACUCCCUGCCGAGCCGUGCGGGCUGGGCUCGUGGCUGCACUUGCCCUUCCUUUCUCCCUCCCCGACACAGGGACUGGAGGCGACCCCUCCUUCCUUUAGGGAAUGAACGCCUGUGUAGAAGACACUGUCCUGCUGUAUGUAGCAAGCCCCGCCCCUUGCCCCCCCACCCCAGGGCUGGCCGCGUCCUGCAGGCGCUGUGGGCUGCACGGUCUUGCUGGAAUCUGUGCAGGCCGUCUGCAGCCCACAGCCUCCUCUGAAGCCGAGUCACCGGGGUCCCAGGGCGGGAGCCACAGGGGCGGCCACCGGAGAGCCGUCUUUCCUAAGACAGACACCUGCUGUUCGUUCAGGUCACGGCCAGCGGGGAGGCGGCUGGGGCAGCAGCUGCGGGGGGCCAGCCAGCCCGGUGGACCUGGCUGUGUGUCCAAGCCCUGUGCGGCCCAGGCCUUCAUGUCUUUCCGACCCCCGCAGACGUGCCCUUCAUCUCGUCUCUGGUACCAGAGACCACGGCUCCCCUCCGUGCGCUGGGCCAGGCACAGUGGGCCAGCCGCGGGCACCGAGGUCUCACCCUCAGCACCCAGCGUGCGGGCCCAGAGCCUGCCCCAGAACCCCCGAGCCCCCGAGCCCCCUGCACAUGUUGCUGGCUAGGCUGGGCUCCCUUUGCCUCCUGCUGUAGCUGUCUGGGCACUGACCCUGACGCGGGGCCUGGGCUCUCCCUGUCACCCCCGCCUUCCCUCACUACCUCCGCCAGCGCUCCGUCGGAUUAAAUCACUGUCUCAUCUGUGAGCACAGAGAUGCGCGCCUGGUCGUCACUUCCCAUCAGUGCCCGCAAGGUCGUCCUGGGGAUGCCUCCCCGCGUGGUCCACGGAAUGCGGAUUGGCUGAGCCAUAGAACACGUGUCUUGGGGGCGAGGGGGUGAUAAGACAGAGGCAGCAUAAGACAUAGGAUCCUCGGGACACACUCCUGCCAGCCGGGGAGACAGGGCCAGGCUCGGGGGCUGAUGGCAUGAUACACGUGUGUGUGCGUACGCCCCACUCACGCGUGUGCACCUUAGAUUCUGCCCACCAGGGAAGCCCUCAGCAUGACCACGUUGGCGGUUUGCUUGCUGUGUGUUAGGGCAGGUUGUGCAAGCUGGGGCACCCCCCCAUCAUCAGGCCCUAAGUAGCACAGGUCUCUGUGGGGUCUGUUUUAGAGAAAUUAAUGGAGUACAGGCCCCUCCCUGCUCCGGUGCACCCCCAAAAUGUACCCCCAGGGCCCCAGCAUGUCGCGCUCCUGGCCCCUCUGUGACCUGGGACCGAUGUGUCGUUUGCUGUCAGCGUGACAUGAAUGCACUGAGACUCUGAGGACCCGCAGGCUUCCGCCCUCCCACACAGGCGCUCAGGAUUCUUGUGCAGAAGUUCUCAUUUCCGGGGGCAAAGAACUGGAUUCUGAGAUGCCCUCCCGGGGUGCCGGGCUUUGUUUCUGCUUUUCCCAGCACAUUAACUUCAGAAAUGCACACACACACACACACACACACCCUCCACCCCGCCGCCACAGACUCGUCAAAGAGCCGUCUCAGGAGGAAUUUGGACAUGGUGUGUCUGCAGGCCUCACCCCCCACGGGAUGGGGGCGGGGGCGGGGGGCUGCCCCGCCAGCUCCUGCUGUGCUGGUGAACAUUUCAGC